ACGAUGCUUCGAAAAGAACUUUUCGCGCUCUGCAGGAUAGGAAAUGUCGUAGCAAGCAGCGGAUACAGAGCCGUUCCAAUGUCAGUUCGCUGCAUGAGUAGUUUUGGGGGAAGAAUUCAAUGGGGUCAACCCAAGAAGUGUACUUUCCCUGUUCAAAGCAGUCUUCGCAAUCUGUAUGGGUCAAAUCAGUUCUUCCGAUACAAUCACGAUAAUGCGGGAGCAAGUGCAGAAGAUAAGGAAUUGGCCCAGAAACGUGAAUCCCAAAAGAUUGCCUAUUGGAGUUUGGGAGUUGACGUGUUUAUGACAACUGUAAAAGGAGGCGUAGGGUGGAUGUUGAAUUCUACUGCGAUUAUCGCAGAUAUAUCCUAUUUCCCCAUUUGAAGAAGUCCUUCAUUUCCACGCUGCACACUCUCUAUCGUCCAUGGUCGUGGACGUCGUGACGUUGGCAUGCGUAAGCAUCUGUCGUCGCCCUCCCAACAAAAAGUGGAUAUUUGGCUAUGGAAAAAUCGAAACCGUUCUUUCUUUCUCUUCUAUAUUCACUCUCCAGAUGUCGUGUCUCGCCGUCGGCAGUCUUCUCAUCGCCACCGCAGGUGGCGUGUUCAUGCACAUAUCCAUCAUGUCUGUCGCCUUCUAGUCCCUUCACUGCACGCGUAUGAGCUCUUCAUGGCCAUGAUGCACACCGCCCCCGCCGAGACAGCCGACGCAGCGAUGCAGGUGGCUUCGAUGGCGCACACCUCCCUUGUGAACAACCCAACGUACAAUCUGCUUCUCAACGGCAUCGGCGUCGGCACCGUCGCCAGCACGAUUCUCAUUAAAUUCUGGAUCUACGCCUGGUCGAAUCGACUCGCGAAGAAGUACGACAGCAACGUUCUCUACGCGAACGCCUUGCAUCACCGAGCCGACGCGCUGUCGUCCAUCGUGGCGCUCGCCGGACUCUGCGGCCGCUAUGUGGGCAUGCCGUGGCUGGAUCCGAUCGGCGGCGCCAUGGUGGGGUACACCAUUCUCAAAGCGGGCUACGACAUCUGCCGCGACGCGAUGCGCGAAGCGCUGGAUCUGACGGUGGAUGAGAAGACGCGUCUGAAGCUGAUCACGGCGAUCAACAACGCGAAGAGCGAGGACUUCACGAUCGAGGAGAUGUUGGCGCGUCGCUCGGGGUCGUUCCUUCACACGAUCGUCCGGAUUUGUCCCCCGCAGAACGCGUCGCUGGAGGACAUCUACGUGAACAAGGACAAAAUCGAUUUGGCGCUGCGGUCGCUCGACGGCGUCUCGAUUUUCUCCGUGGAGAUGAUGAAUCCGUACGCUCAUCACAAGCAGUUGCUGCUCGGCGAGGCCAGUUCGGUGGCGGACGGAGCGCCGAGCGCGAGCGAAGCGGAGAGCGAGCCGGUGGAGAUGCUUCCGGAGAGCAGCAAUAACGACCAGUCGAUCAUUCCGGAGGACGAUGACGAUGUGGAAGUGACGAUUGAUAAUGAGCAGUUGGAAGGAGCGGAAGUGAAAGAGCUGGAAGGCUCCAAGUAG